GGUUCAGCAAUUCUGAAGAGUAGAAGACACCAACCUCGCCGAUCGUUCAUCUCGAGCCAACAUGGCGGCUUCACCUCAAGUGAAGAACCCCAAGGCAGGUGCCUCACUACUCGAAGAAGCAAUUGCUGCCCACGGCGGCAUGUCCACAUGGAAGAAAUACAAAUUUGCAACCUACAACAUCAACCUCUCAGGACAAUAUCUUGCCCAUAAAGGUUUUCCCAGUAAUUACCACCCCGAAGUGAAAGUCAGCACAACUUCAGCACGCACCGAAUUCACCGGCCUCGAUCUUGAGCGUCCGUCAGACAUUUGGGUGUUCACGCCAGAUCGAGUGUGGCGACAAGAUAGCUCUGGGACCGAACUGCAGACUCGCUCAGCGCCACGUGCCGCAUUCGAUACGCAUACCCGCGACACGAAAUGGGACCAGCUGCACUUGGCAUACUUCUUCGGCUACGCAAUCCAGAACUACACCGGUUACCCCUUCAUCUUCGCCGAGCCGGGCUUCUCAUAUCAAGAGCUCGAGGAACAUUGGGAGCCAGGAUAUGUCAACAGUGCUAGCAUUCCGGAAUCAUGGCGUGUAUUACAGGUUGAGUUCCCAGAGAACUAUCCUGCACAUACUAGGUCACAGAAGUUUUAUUUUGAUAGAGAGAAAUUGUGGAUUAGAAGGAUGGAUUAUGUGACAGAUGUUGCGCGCGGUGUUGCUGCGCAUUAUGUCUUUGAUCAUAGAGUUUUCAAGGGAAUUGUUGUUCCAACCAUGAGGAGGGUUGUGGGGAGAGAUCCGGAGACGGGUGUGGCUGCGGUUCAUGGACCGACAAGUUUUUUGCUAAGUUAUUUUGAUGUGGACUUUCAGGAGUGAAACGUCUUGAGGUUCAAGAUAAGCAUAGCAUGUGAGAGGCGUUUGCUGCAGAAAUAUCAAUUGCGCAUUGUGUUUCAUUAGAUUGGUACAAAUAUGAAUUGAGCCAGUCAUCCUGUACCGCAGUUCCAACAACAAGAUUCAUAAGAGAUGAACAAAGGAUUGCGUUGAAGAAAUAAUUC